AUGAAAGAAAAGUCCAAAAAUGCAGCCCGGACUAGACGGGAGAAAGAAAACAGUGAGUUUUAUGAACUGGCUAAAUUACUACCCUUGCCCUCAGCCAUCACCUCCCAGCUUGACAAAGCCUCUAUAAUCAGACUGACAACCAGCUAUUUAAAAAUGAGAGUGGUCUUUCCUGAAGGGCUUGGAGAGGCUUGGGGCCAUUCUGCGCGGCCCAGCUCCUUGGAUAAUGUUGGCAGAGAACUUGGAUCCCAUCUUUUACAGACCUUAGAUGGUUUUAUCUUUGUGGUGGCACCCGAUGGGAAAAUCAUGUAUAUCUCUGAAACAGCUUCUGUUCAUCUGGGCUUAUCACAGGUAGAACUCACUGGAAACAGUAUAUUUGAGUACAUCCAUCCAGCAGAUCAUGAUGAGAUGACAGCAGUGCUAACGGCUCACCAGCCCUAUCAUUCACACUUUGUCCAGGAAUAUGAGAUUGAGAGAUCCUUCUUUCUGAGGAUGAAAUGUGUCCUGGCAAAGAGGAACGCAGGUCUGACCUGUGGUGGAUACAAGGUGAUACACUGCAGUGGGUAUCUGAAGAUCCGACAGUACAGCUUGGACAUGUCCCCGUUUGAUGGCUGUUACCAGAAUGUGGGCUUGGUGGCUGUUGGCCAUUCCUUGCCUCCCAGUGCAGUUACUGAAAUCAAACUGCACAGCAAUAUGUUCAUGUUCAGAGCCAGUCUGGAUAUGAAGCUCAUAUUCUUAGACUCGAGGGUUGCUGAAUUGACUGGGUAUGAACCUCAAGAUCUGAUUGAAAAGACAUUAUAUCAUCAUGUCCACGGGUGUGACACGUUUCACCUUCGGUGUGCACAUCAUUUGUUGCUGGUGAAAGGACAGGUCACCACUAAAUACUAUCGGUUCCUGGCCAAGCACGGAGGCUGGGUGUGGGUGCAGAGUUAUGCCACCAUCGUCCACAACAGCAGGUCCUCCAGACCUCAUUGCAUCGUCAGUGUCAAUUACGUCCUCACGGAUACAGAAUACAAAGGACUGCAGCUUUCACUGGAUCAAGUAACCACAAAACCUUCAUUUUCUUAUGCAAACUCAAAUCCAACCAUAAAUGACACCAGGAAAUGCAGCAAGUCUCGGAUCUCCAGCACCAAGUCUAAAUCUAGAACGUCACCAUACCCACAGUACUCUGGAUUUCAGACAGAAAGAUCUGAAUCGGACCAUGACAGCCAGUGGGGUGGCAGCCCGCUUACCGACACUACUUCGCCACAACUUCUUGAUCCAAUAGACAGACCAGGCUCCCAGCAGCAUGACAUGUCAUGCGCAUAUCGACAAUACCCAGACCGGAGUGCGCUUUGUUUUGGAUUUGCCCUUGAUCAUUCCAGGCUAACGGAGGACAGGCACCAUCAUAGCCAGUCUUGUGAAGGAGGAAGAUGUGAGGCUGGCAGAUAUUUUCUAGGGAGCCCACAGGGUGGACGAGAGAUGUGGUGGGGUACAAGAUCGUCACUGCCUUUGCCAAAGUCAUCUCCAGAAAGCAGAAACGGAUAUGAGAACAGUAUGCCGCAUAUUGCCUCAGUCCACAGAGUCCAUGGGAGAAGUCAUUGGGAUGAAGACAGCGUUGUUAGUUCUCCAGAUCCUGGUUCUGCCAGUGAAUCAGGGGAACGCUACCGUACAGAGCAAUAUCAAAAUAGUCACCAUGAGCCCAGCAAAAUUGAAACACUUAUACGUGCCACACAACAGAUGAUUAAAGAGGAGGAAAAUAGGCUACAACUACACAAGUCUAGUCCAGAUCAACUCCCUACAGUUAAUGGUGCUGGGAAAAGAAACUCCAUUUGUUUUGCCAAUUACCAACAGCCACAACUCACGGGUGUUGUGUGCCGUGGACCAUCUGUUACCAAUACCUCUCCUUGUGACCAUGUCCAGCAAAAGGAUGGAAAAAUCCUGAGCCCACAAGACAAUGAUUAUGAAAACAGCCCCACUAAUUUGUCUAGAAUGAGCAGUCCAAAUUCAGACCGAAUAUCCAAAGCUGGUGUUACUAUAGCAAAAGACUAUUUACAUACAAAUCUGUCCCCUCAGCAAACGGUGGACCAUGCUGUGUCACCAAACUACUACACUUCUCACAGGCAAUAUUUUGAUAAGCAUGCUUAUACAUUUACUGGCUAUGCUCUUGAACAUUUAUAUGAUACCGAAUCGCUUAGGAACUAUUCUUUAAGCUGCAAUGGAUCACACUUUGAUGUGACUUCUCAUCUAAGGAUGCAACAAGAUCCUGCCCAAGUCCACAAGGGCACAUCGGUUAUAAUAACUAAUGGAAGUUGA